AUGGUGGGACUGAGGCGACCGCGCGCAGACCGACGACUUCCAUUGAAUGACGACCGGAGACCUUGGUCGGCGUCGCUGCUUCUCCGGCCCUCUCCUCGUUCGACGUGCUCCCUCGACCCUUGCGCUGUUUACGUACGCGGUUUGUGUAGUGGGCGGAGUGUGUCGCAACGCGGCACGCGCUGCGGUCUUACACACGCCGUGGAGAGACACUGCGAGACGCAGAGAGAAAACGACAUCUGGCGCUCUCACGACUUGUGUUUGGUGUUGGACGACGACGACGUGGUGGAAAAAGAGCGUCGACGACUCUAA